AUGACCACACUCGCUGAUAAGUUCUCUACUGAGCCCCUGUCUCAUAGCCAGACAUUGGCUCCAGUGCUACUAACGGCCCAAGACGUCCGGCUGGCCGCCCGUGCCCAAACGUUCACAUCCCCAACCUCGGGCUUGGCGCCGGGCUAUCUACAGGCGAAUCUGAUAAUCCUGCCGUCCCGGUACGCCUCCGACUUCCGGCUCCUCUGUGCCCGGAAUCCGGUCCCGUGCCCACUCAUCGCGGAAUCCGCCUCUACGGGCUGCUUUAAUGCUGUCAAGUCGUAUAUUCCUGGCUCGCCUGUGGCUUCGAACCUUGACAUUCGGUGCGAUGCGCCGCGGUAUAUGGUCUAUCGUGAUUCACAGCUCGUCAAGGCCGGGUGUCUGGACAUUAUAAAUGAAUGGAGCGACGACCACGUAGCGUUCUUGAUUGGAUGCUCGUUCGGCUUCGAGUCUGCGCUGGCAGCGGCCGGCCUGCCCCCGCGGCAUACGGUCAUGGGAAAGAACGUGCCUAUGUACCGGACCAAUGUGCCCAUGUGUCCGGCGGGUGUCUUCAGUGGAAGCACGUACGUUGUGUCGAUGCGGCCGUACAAGGCGUGUGAUAUCGAGAAGGUGAGGCGGAUCACGCGAGGAUACAAUGCCACGCAUGGUGAGCCGAUCGCUUGGGGCUGGGAUGCGGUAGCAAAGCUAGGCAUUGGGAGCAUCGACCAGGUCCAAUGGGGUGAUGCUCCCGUUACCUUGGAUGGGAGGCCGUUGGGAGAGAUGUCAGGUUCGGAGGAGGAAUUGCCCGUCUUCUGGGGCUGUGGGGUGACUCCUCAAGAAGCUGUCAUGCGAGCGAAUCUCGAAGGGAUAGUCAUGGGUCAUGCGCCAGGAUACAUGCUGGUCAUUGAUAGUCAAGAUGAUGAUAUAGUGAAGGCGACUUACACGUAG